AUGGAGUUUUGCAUGAGCAAAGCUAUGAAACAUCCUAUUGAAAAGGAGAGUUACAUGAGAAUGGAUGUGAUUGAGGAGUGUGUUGUAAAAGAGGAAGAGAAAAAGCAAAAGGAAGAAAUUUUUGAAGAAGAGAAGCAAGUGGUAGCUACUAUGGAGGAGGAGACGUCUACACCGGAGUUGCUAAUGAGGACAGAUGCCCCUACAUCACCAUCAAUUAUCAAGCCACCUACACUUGAGCUCAAGCCUUUACCAAGAAAGCUUUACCAUGCCACUAAAAACAAAACCACCCAUCAAGAGGAAGCUAACGGGUCACUCGGAAAAGGGAAAGAGGUGGCUCUACUUGAACCACGGCCUAACCUUGUAGCUCGAUUUGGUGGGCCAUCCCCAAUCUACUAUAAGGAAGAAGGUAAGAAAUUUCAAUUUAUUCAUAAGCGAAAUAUUACUAAGCCUAGAUACUUUGAUUUUGAGUUGUUAGAAAGAUUGGGUAUUAAGGAAUCCAUGGUUGAUUUGAGCAAAAAGGUAGGAUGGGAGAAUUUCAUUGCUUGUGACCUUGGAACUUAUAAAGAGUUAAUUUGGAAAUUUUACACCACCUUGUCUUAUGAUUCCGAAAAUUUGACAUCACUUCAAUUUAGGUUGUUUAGUGAGUCUUAUGAGGACUCUAGUGAUGAUGUGAAGAAUGAUGAUGAAGACGAAGGGCGGAAAAUUGUCCUUCAAAAGAUGGAGGAGACAAAUGCAAUCUAUGACAACGAAUGA